UAAAUAAAGCCUAUAUUUGGAAACGACUACUUUUUUUCGGAAAUGCCACGAAAUUGUCAAUUUAAUUUUGGAUCGAAUUAAUUCUCAAGUCUCAACUUUGAUUCAUCGUCCUUAUUUUUGUUCUUGAAACAUGAUACAGAUGAUCAAAUCAAAAAUAUUUACAAUAAAAACUAUUGUUAUAUUCAUCAUCUGACUCUUUAAAUAAGAAAAUCCAUCUAAAUUUGGAUAUAUUAGAUCAUUUGUUAAAAAAACUAUAAAAUGGAUGCGAUUUGAACUUUAUUUAUUCAAGGUUCAUCGAAUCUAUCGCUAAUUAAAUAAUGACUUUACCCCACACGAGACUAGUUCGAGGCAUUACUGUCGAUCGUUGUGAAAAAUUUAUUUCGCGAAAUUAUUAUUCGGACGUAAACUUACGUUCACAACUUUACAAGGAUCGCGAAGAUUCUAAGGAUUACAUUAAACUUCAUGUAUAUUCAGUUCCACAUUUGAAACGUAUCACCUUUAAAGAAGCUGUAAAAGGCGAAUAUAAAAAAGCUGAACGUGGCGACCAUUUUGGUCCGAGUUGGUCAACACACUGGUUUCAUAUAUCCGUUAAAAUUCCUGAGUAUUGGAAAAAUGAAGAAGUACAGUUUCUAUGGGAUGCUGAUAAUGAAGGAAUGAUAUGGACUGUAGAAGGAGUUCCUCUUCAGGGUCUCACUGGUGGCUAUGGGGAUGAUCGUAGAGCAGAAUAUGUUCUUACGCGUAACUGUAAGGGUGGAGAAAAAUUCGAGUUUUAUUUAGAAAUGGCUUGUAACGGCAUGUUCGGUAAUGGAAGUAAUACGAUAAAUCCUCCAGAUCCAAACAGAACAUUUCGUUUAAAUACAGUGGAAUUGGUAGUUCCUAAUAAAGAUGCAUGGGGUCUAUUUUAUGACUUUCAAAUCAUACUUGAUUCGGCUAAAGAAAUUCCUAAUGAUACCGUACGAUCAGCUCAAGCACUUUAUAUUGCUAAUAAUAUAGUCAAUGUUUUUAAACCAGGAGACAAUAAGACAGUUAUUGAAGGGCGUAAAAUUGCUCAAGAAUUUUUGAAAAACAAAAAUGGAAGUACGCAACAUAAAUUAACCGCUGUUGGACACUGUCAUAUUGAUACCGCUUGGUUAUGGCCAUUUGAUGAAACUAAACGUAAAGUUGCUAGAAGCUGGUCAACUCAAGUUGGAUUGAUGGAUAUAUAUCCAGACUUUAAAUUUGUAUGCUCUCAAGCUCAACAGUUUGAAUGGUUACAAGAAUAUUAUCCACAGCUGUUCGAGAAAGUCAAAGAAAAGGCCGAUAAAGGCCAAUUCUUGCCAAUUGGCGGAACGUGGGUUGAAAUGGAUUGUAACCUUCCAAGCGGUGAAUCAUUUUGCAGACAGUUUUUAUAUGGGCAAAGAUAUUUUGAGCAUAAUUUUGGGAAAAGGAGCUCAGUAUUUUGGCUUCCAGAUACCUUUGGUUAUUCUGCUCAGUUGCCUCAAAUCAUAAAAGGUGCUGGACUUAAAUACUUUUUUACUCAAAAGUUAUCAUGGAAUAAUAUAAACAAGUUUCCCAACACAACUUUCUAUUGGAUUGGAAUCGAUGGAAGUAAGGUACUAACGCAUAUGUGUCCAGCUGAAAGCUAUGUUUCUCAAUGCAAAGUAGGAGAGCUUAUAAAUAGCGUCAGAAACCACAAAGAUAAAGAAUAUAGCAACGAAAGUCUUUUAGUCUUCGGAAAUGGGGAUGGUGGUGGUGGUCCACUUGCUUCUAUGAUCGAACGUUUACAUCGAAUGAAAGACAUUGAUGGGUUGGCUAAAGUUGAAAUGGGAAGUGCUGAAGAAUUUUAUGAAAGACUUGAAAAAGAUUCUAAAGAAUUAGUAACCUGGAAGGGAGAGUUAUAUUUUGAACUUCACCGAGGUACAUAUACUUCACAUGGUCGUAUCAAACGGUAUAAUCGCAAAUCUGAACUUCUUUUACGGGAUGUUGAGUUACUGUCUACGAUCAAUUUUAUUAAAUCACAAACUGAAAAUAAGGGUUUCACUUUUGAUUAUCCGAAGAAAGAAUUAGAUAAAUUAUGGAAAUAUGUCUUAUUGAACCAAUUUCAUGAUGUGUUGCCAGGUUCAUCUAUUGAAAUGGUUUAUGAUGAUGCUAAUAAGUUUUAUGAAGAAGUCGAAAAAACUGGAAAUACCCUUCUCGAAAAAGCCCUUGAUAAAUUAUUUAAAAUUUCCGAUAGUGCUGAAAGUGCUAAAAAAGGACUAUUGGCUUUAAAUACACUUGGUUGGAAUAGGACCGAAGUUGUCGAAGUUCCUGUAUGUGAGGGAAUGGGCCAAUUUCCACAACUGUCAAAGGACAAGAAAUCCGGAUUCGUUUUAGUUAAUGAUGUUACUGGACUUGGAGCACAAGGAGUUGAUCUAGAAAUUCCCACUAAUCUUACGCAAGUAACUGCUUGUGUUAUCGAUGAUUUGUUCUGUUUGCAAAAUAAAUAUAUUUCUGCAAAAUUUGAUAAACAUGGACGUUUAGUAAGCUUAGUUGAUCUUGAUUUGAAGUUAAAUCGAGAACUUAUUCCCGAAGGACAACAUGGAAAUAAAUUUAAUAUUUAUGAAGAUAUACCAUUAUACUGGGAUGCCUGGGAUGUUGAAAUUUAUCACUUACAAAAAGGACAUGAAGCGGGACUUGGCACUGUUAAGAUAAUUGAAUCAGGGCCAUUACGAGCGUCGUUAUUACUUGAAUCUAAAAUUUCUAAAACUAGUACAUUACGUCAAGUUAUAUCAUUAACGGCAGUUUCACGAAGAAUUGACUUUGAUACAACAGUAGAUUGGGAUGAAAAUAGACAAUUCUUGAAAGUAGAAUUUCCAUUUGAUAUAUACAAUGAUUAUGCUACUUAUGAAACUCAAUUUGGAUUUGUACAACGUCCUACGCAUUAUAAUACCACAUGGGAUUCGGCCAAAUUCGAAGUGUGUGGGCACAAAUUUGCUGACUUAUCUGAAUAUGGAUACGGUGUAGCGUUGUUAAAUGAUUGUAAAUAUGGAUAUGCAAUUCAUGGAAACGUGAUGAGAUUAUCUCUAUUAAGAUCACCAAAGGCACCAGAUGCUCAUUGUGAUAUUGGAACUCAUAAGUUUAAAUAUGCAAUUCUUCCGCAUGCUUGUUCUUUCUUGGAAUCUAAUGUUGUUAGAGAAGCGUAUCAAUUUAACGUUCCUUUAAUCAUCAGAACCACAUCUAAAGAAAUUGCACAAGCAUAUGAUACCAAAUCAUAUUUUACAAUUUCUAAUGCACCAAAUGUUAUUUUGGAUACUGUCAAGCGUGCAGAAGAUUCUGAUGAGAUUAUAUUGAGAUUAUAUGAAGCUUAUGGAGGUCAUGCUAAAGCUACAUUAACGAGCACACUUCCGUUAGAACAUAUUUACGAAACAAAUAUUUUAGAAGACAAUACUUGUCUUGUUAAUUAUCAUCAUCAAGAUGGAGCCAUCAUUAGUUUCAAACCAUUCCAAGUUAUUACAUUGAAAGUGACUUUGAGGGAAAAGGGAUGGACCUUUCUUUAAAGAUAGAUACUAAGGGAUAAAUAUAUUAACCCAAGUAUAACUUUAAUUUAUUAUUAUAUUAGUUUUUUUUUUAGUAUUAUUGAUUUAUUAUUUAUACUAUUAUAACACUUAAAAAGAAAUAAAUUAAGGGGGAAUAUCUGAUAUAUAUUUG